UCUCAGCCCCGUUUCCGGUCUUGCUAAGGGGGGCGGGGGAGGGGUGACGGUCAGAGUCGAAUGGCUGCGCUCGGGCCUGCAGCGAUCCGCUCCCCUCGCUCUUGAGGAGGUUCUAUUGAUCUCUGAAGGUCGGGGCUUGAGCCCUGCUGGAUAGAAAAGCUGUCUUUUCACAGCCAUGCUAACUGCGGGAUGAAGCUAGAGGCUGUUGUUGAGCAGCUGCAGAAGCAGCAACAGCAGCAAGGUCCUCUGCAGAUGGAUUCCAGAGAGAGACAGCAGAGGCAAAUGAGAGAAGCCCAGCUGCUUUAUACUCAGCAGCUGGCAGCACAGCAGGCUGUUCUAGCAGCCACGUCUGGCAGGGCUUCGGGCAGCCAAGCACUUGGUCCUUUGGCCAAAGUUCCACCUGUAAUUGGGGCCACCCGAGCUUUUGAUCAGAGCAGUGUGACCUCAGAACUGGAAGAGGAUGAAGAAGAGGAUGAAGAGGAAGAGGGUUUGGAAGAUGGAGAUCUUGAGGAGGACACUGAAAUGACUGGGAAAGAUGCCUGUUCUACUUUGAAGUAUUUUCAUUCUCAAAAAGUUGCCCAUCACAGCCAAAGAGUGGCUUCUACUUCGAAUCCGCUUCCAGCCCCAGGACUUCAGCGGGGACAGCAGGAAAAGGAGGAGCAGGGUAAAGACACUACUAAAGAAUCAUAUUCUGGUUCCCCAUCUGGGCGGCAGACCUGGAGAAUGGAUGAGCAGCUCAAACAGAAUGGAAGUCUGACUUGGAAUGAAGAAGCUGAUGGAGGCCGAGGAAGAGAAAUCUCUCGAGAUUUUGCCAAACUGUACGAACUGGAUAGUGACCCUGAACGGAAGGCAUUCCUGGAUGACCUCUUCGUCUUUAUGCAAAAGAGAGGAACUCCCAUCAAUCGGAUCCCCAUCAUGGCGAAGCAGAUCCUGGAUCUCUAUAUGCUCUACAAACUGGUGACUGAGAAGGGAGGGCUGGUGGAAAUCAUAAACAAGAAAAUAUGGCGGGAGAUCACCAAAGGCCUUAACCUGCCCACCUCCAUCACCAGUGCAGCGUUUACACUUCGGACCCAGUAUAUGAAGUACUUAUAUGCCUACGAAUGUGAGAAGAAGUCCCUAAGCUCUCCUGCCGAGCUGCAGGCUGCGAUCGACGGCAACAGGCGGGAAGGCCGACGGCCCAGCUACAGCUCCUCCUUGUUCAGUUAUUCACCCACUGCCACGGGGCCUCCUUCCCUUCUGUCUCCUCCAAAGAUUCGCUUCCCGAUCAUUGGCCUGGCCCCAGGCAGUGGAACCAGCAACUCUCGUCUCUCUCCAGUGGCAGCUCUCAGGAAAGGCGAUGGCAUCCCCCUGACUGUGUCCAUGCCAAAUCGCAUUGCCAUGCCAGUAUCUUUGGCUAACCAGCAGGCAACUGUAGCAGCAAGAACAGCCACUCUGGAACAGCUGAGGGAGAGGCUGGAGGCUGGAGAGCCGCCGGAGAAGAAACUCUCGCGGAUGACAGAGGAGGAGCAGCGGCUUGUCCAGCAGGCACUUCAGCGCAACCUGUUCAGCAUGGCGCGGCAGAUCCCCAUGAAGAUCAAAAUCAAUGGCAGGGAAGAUAAACCAGAUGCCACGGCGGCGGCAGCAGCAGCAGCAGCAUUGCAUUUGUCACCCAGUGGCAUUGGGAGUAUUAACAUGUCUGUGGAGAUUAACGGCACAAUCUAUGCUGGAGUACUGUUUGCCCAGAAGCCCGUCGUCCAUCUAAUUGCAGGAUCCAGCACCCAAAGCACCUGCAGUAGCAGUAGCAGCUCCCACUGCUCCCCUAGCCCGACCUCGUCCAGGGGCACCCCCAGCGCAGAGCCCUCAACCAGCUGGUCUCUCUGAUGGAUGGGGGAGCGGGCUCUCUCUCUCAUUGGCUUCAGGCAGCUCUGCCCUCUCCGUUCAAGGCAGAGAGCGAGCCAGGAAGGAGUCGCACAGAUUACCUCAUCUCAAGGAACCUGCUUUGCGGUUGGUCAGUGGCCAGAUGAUGAAACCUUCUGUGCUGGCGCAUUUGCAUUGCUUGUUUGUCCAGCCUUUUUUAUUAUUUUUUCAGGUUUGACUGUGUUCCUGCUGGGGGGUUGGGGAGAAGGGAAGGAGACACGGGGCAUUUUUCAAUCAGGGAUUAUCUCUAGGGGCUGUGGGUUUGCAGAUGACUGAGACAUCAUCAUGGCAGAUGGAAGGAGCAAGGAGGUAGUUAUGGGGAUGGGGGAAGGGUUUCUGUUCUCUAAUCAACAGAUGUGUGGACUUCCCUAUCAUAACACAGUGUUUUGACAAUCCUACCCCCAGAGGGACUUUGGUCUCCUUUCCCCUUAUAUUUGUUCCCUCUUGCGGUCACUUGCAGAGCAGUCGUGCAGGUUGAUAGCGAGCAAGUCUCAUCUAGUCGCCCAUUCUGUCUCCGCUGUGUUCAGCCUCCUGUUGCUGUCUCCUUUGUGUUAGACUAGGCUGAAAGGCAAAUGGUCACUAAUGCUGGAUUCACAGGAGACUUGCAUGACUUCUUCCUCCUUUGGCAACUACCUCUCUAGGGUCCUGGCAGCACACACAGGACUCUUCCACCUCUGUAUCUGAUACACGGAGAUGGAGAAGGCCUUUUAGUCCAGCUAGUCAUCUCCCAUGGCCAGUGCAAGCCUGGACCCUACUGUUUUUUCCAGGCCUUUGCCCAGCCUAGUUUUAAAUGCCCCAAGCAGUGGCCCUUGCACUGCUUCCCUUGGGGGAACGUUGGACAGGCUAAAUAAACUCACCACUGAAGCCUUUGUCCUGAUAGUCAUCCUGACUUUUCUUUUGCUUGAUGUCAUCCCUUUGCUCCUAGUUCUAGCCCCUUGGCCCUCGGUAGAACUGGGUUUGCACCAAAUGGUGAUUUCCUGCAGCGCUUCCUCUCCUGUAUCUUUCAUUAGCCUCUCCCUCCUAUACCCACACAGACAUGUUGGCUACAGGCCACUGUCACCCAAAGGAGAUACGAGGUGACACUGACAAUCUGCUGAGCUGUGUGUGUGUGUGUGUGUGUCUAUUCAUGUAAUACACGCUUUUCUCAGUUGGGCUCUUACCAGGUAUGUUGCCGCAUUAUCCGAAUAACAGCCAUCGUUCAUGAGGCUCACCUGGGCAAAAGGGACAGAAGAGCCGGACCUUGGACAGCUCCACAUGGGUGCAUCCCAGUUGAAUGGGCCUCUGGUUGUGAAGAGAGGGAAGAAAAUCUCCCCCUAUUCCCAGUAAAUUCCCAAUGGGUGGAGCUAGCGCUGCUUUAGGCCAUCAUUCCUCCUUUGUCAGCCAAGUUAGUUCCUUGGUUCUCUUUCAUAGACCGAGCUCUUUGCUGCUGCACUCCCCACACACAGGCCCCUGUGCUGUCCUCUCCCCUCCCGCAGCACAUAGGACUGCCCAGGCGAUGUUCUCACAGCCUGUGGAUCUGAGCCCUCCCACUCUUUGCCCUGGUGAUGUCUCUUCCAUCAUGCAGGCCUGAGUCAGGUUCUUUUGAGCAGAUGAAAUACCUCAGAUAUGGACUUGUUAUUGUGUUACCUCUUCAGGAAGUAUUGGCAUAUCUUAAAGCUUGUUUUUAUAUGUGUUUUGCUGACUUUGUUUUUAAUUUUUAUUUUUUAUUGUAGCACCAAAGACAACAAAGCUGAGUGAAGGAGCAUGUGGCUUCCCUGUCCUUAGCAUAGCCUGGAGACAGUUCCAGCAGCAUUGACCCAGGAGCUGGGCAUGCAGACAGGGCGAUAGAGGAGGACAGAUGCAGUUAGAGAAGGAGUAAGAGGGCAGAUUUAUUUCUCAGGCUGGCUUGAGUUUCAGGAUUUCCCCUCAGUGUGAACAGUGGGGUGUCCCCAAAGGGGGACAAAUGGUCCCAAUGUUUGUCACAGAACUCUGUGAUCAACUACUGGGCUUAUCUUUAGCAAGUUUCCUUAGAACGGCUUUGAAGAUAACAAUCCUGUCUACACUACAGAUUUUGCUAGACCUCUUACAGCACGGCAGUUCCUGACAUGUUAAAGUACAGUUCACUCUUCUAGUGUGGGCAGGACCAGACACCUGAAUUGUGCAGCAGCUUUGGAUUUUACUGGUAGGAUUCGGUCACACACAUAAAAAUACACCUGAGUCCUGUUUAUACAAUGAGACCAAGCCACGUUGUGUGCUACUGUAUUGUACCCAAAUGGUGCAUUGUGGUAGUUUUUCAUGGAGCAGAUAGGACCUAAAUACUGGAAGGUGCUCUAGGUUCUGCUUUCACUUAUGUUGUAAAAGCCUAUGUUACCAAACUCUGCAACCAUCCCCAUAUUUAAGGGGUUGAAAUACAAUUUGGUAACACAAGUCUAACCCAGUUCUGCUCCCAGUGUCUACAGAAUCUAAGGGCUUCUCUGCUCCACACAGGCAAGCAAUCAGCGUUGGGGGAUGGCCUAACAGUCACUCAGCCGUGUUAUCACUCAAUUGGCUCUUGCCUGUGUAGAUAGGACAGAACCAUUUUAUCAGAUUGGUAUUACAGCCCUCUGAAGGCAAGGGACCUGAUUCUCCUCCUACUUAUGCAGGUGUAAAUUAGGAGUUAACUCAAUUGAAGCCAGUGUAAAACUGGUUUGAGAUGAGAAUCCAGCCCAGGGGCAACUGAACAACUUAGUGACGUUGUUAGAACACCCAACACCUCGAGGCAAGACCAAACUGUGCAUGAAGAGGUUUGAUAGACUAUAAUACUAGGAUAACUUACCUCAAGUCAGCUUGCCUGCACAACUGGACAUUAAGCCAUUGCACAUUUUCCCCUCUCUCCAGCCCAUAAGUGUCUCGGACACCUCCCCUUAGUCCUAAAGUGCGUUUAAGAGCUUAUAAACCGAUUCAAGGUUCUCUGUACUGAAAUUGUAAGGUACCACUUUGGGAGCCAGUCUGGGGUCAGGCUGCUGGAGCAAGCUCUGAACUGUGAAAAAGCACCUUCUGACGUCAACAGCAUUUAACCUCAGAGUGGGGGAUGCACGCUGGGCCUGAGCCAAAGCCCACUGAAGCUAAUAGGGAGUUUUUCCACUGACUUCAGUAGACUUUGGAUCAGGCCUAUUAUAAAAAAAUUGGAGGUAACUUUAUCACAAACUGUUUAAAAGAGUAUUUUCCCAAUGAUCGGUGGCUAACAAAUAAAUAACCCCAGUGUAACAAUUACUGCGGGCUGCUCCUAGAGGGAGGGUGUCCUAACUGGCUGGUGACAUGGUAAUUUCUCUCCUGGUGAAAUAUUCCAAGAGAACUGUGAUGCUCCAUCUUUAUAUCUACUGUGUAACAUAUUACUAGGAUGACCAGAUGUCCCGAUUUUAUAGACACAGUCCCGAUAUUUGGGGGUUUUUCUUAUAUAGGCUCCUAUUACCCCCCACCCUCUGUCCCCAUUUUUCACACUUGCUGUCUGGUCACCCUACAUAUUACAGAAAGGGAGCCCUGUCCCCCAGAAGCAGCAGCAGCGCCUUUGUGGGCAUCGGCAAAUCCCUUUGGUCCCAGAAUGCUCGCUUCUUCGUGAUAUAAUCCAUUACCACUCAUGGAAAGAGCAUCUACCAUAGAACAGGUGAUCAGACUCUGAACAGUAAAGGCCAGGCUGGAGCCUUUUAGAAGCCCAAGGGCUGGAUCUGAUUUGCAUGUACAAAUUUAAUUAAUGUGCUUUGGUUAACUUCAGUUUAAAGCUAAAUACAUCCAUCCCUUACACUCAGUCAGACUUGAUAGUGAACAAGAAUCACUUACUGGUUGAGUUCAUCAGCAAUAAAACCCUGCAAUGGACAAGCUUUUUCCUCAGCUUGAUGCUCCAGUAAGAGUGAUGGCAUUUGCGGCCUCAGGAGGCUCACAGUUUUGACCCCCCGUUGUGGGAUGCUCCCUUGCCUGUGUGUAUUAGUUUAUAUUGUAUGGCUUAGUUGGUCUCAUUAGCAGACACUGAUGACUUUUUAAUCAGCAAUCAAAUUAUUUAUAAUGCACCUGUCCUGAGGCAUUCUGCCUUGGGGCAUCCCCUCUCGUGUUGCCUUCAGUGGAAGCUGUAUGCACCUGUGCAUUUGUGGGGACCAAACUUUGGCCCCAACGCAUUUGUGAAUCUUGCAGACCUCCAGGACAUUUCAGUGUCUCAAACUCUGAUAUUUUUUCCAGAGUUGGGGGAAUCUUUAUAAUUGUCCUGUUUCUUUUUUGGGGGUGGGGCUGGGGAUUAUUUCCCAAGGAUAGGGCUAGAGGAUAUCUGCUUUUCCGUAUGCUUUCUUCUCUUGUCCUGGGGAGCAUAGGUUAAUAUUGGGUGUUUUGCUUGUGUAUCAUGUGCUACCGUUGUGUUUUCUUGCACAGAAAGCCACUCGAAUCACUGAACCGAUAAACUGCUUUGACACUACUAGAGUAUUGAUGUUUAUAAGCUUUACACAGCUAGUCUGGAAAUAGGCAGGGACUAACAGAUUGGUUUUUAACAAAUUCAGGGAAAGAGUAAAGUUGGGAUGUGUAACAGAUACCUCAGUAAAAUAAGCUGCAACAAUAAUCUAUUCUCUUUCAUUAGCUGGCUACAAGGAUCAGCCAUUCAGACUGUGAAUACUAACCCUCUCCCUAGCCUGAGCUUGAUACUAGCACUUGGCUUGAUGCACAUUUCGCUUAGAUCCAGAUAUUCCUGCUGAGCUGCCAGGUUUUAGGGAUAGGGGUAUAGAAACCAGCACCAGAUACAGGGUGGAGGGCUGGGAGUGGGAGCGUGUCUCCUCAGCUCCAAUCCAUUUAACUAAGAAUGUUGAAGAUUGUAUGGCACUCAGGGGUUUUGAUAUUGCAGGAAGGACUGUUCCUGGUGUGACGUGUUCCAUUUUGCAGUGUGUCUAAUCAUCUUGAAACUCCAGAGCAACUAGGGUCUCGCAACAAGCGGCCAAAAGGGCCCAGCUGGAGGCAAAGGCACAGUGGGCCAGCAGCAGCCACGCGCUCUGUUUUCAGAAUGAAGUGGGUGCAGAUGUGCUGUCUGGUUUCCAAACCAGGUCCGCAUAGAGAGCCACCUCCUGUCUCUUAACAUUCUAUACCAGCGUGUUCUGGUAGUGCAUGAAGAUUGAAAGGAUGGAGUCCAGCUCAGAAAUAAACCUCAAACUGCACAGGUGGAGCUGUUAGCAAUCGGCUCUUGGAACAAAUGUGAAUGUGUCACACAGUCCUUUGGUUGCUGUGUAUGAUCUCCAAAUGGAUUCAGACCAGAAGACUUUUAACUGAAUAGCAGCAGCCUUGCUACUAGUUUUGUUACCUAUUUAAAAAAAAAAUGUGAUAGCCUAGGCAGUGAAUAAAUACCUCAGACGUCUGCUUCCAACAAGUGUCUGUAUAUGUUGUUGUUGGGUUUUUCUAUCUUAUAUGUUAUCCAAAUGUUUAUAUUCCAAUAAACUUCUACCUCUUCAUAUGA